CAGUAGAGCAGCAGCAGCAGCACGGCAGCAGAGCGAAGUCAGAGCGAGCGAGCGAGCGAGCGAGCAGAACGUAGAGCAGCAGCCUGGCUCGGUGUGUCGGUGUGGUGUAAGAGUGAGAGAGAACGAGAGAGCGCGCGCGAGAGAGUGCUGGAGUGGCCCACUUCAGACGGGGAUGGCAUCGGCUCUGUAGUUUCGGUCGUGCGGACUGCGUUGCUGGCUGCAGCGGAAGGUGACGGAGUGGUGCGUGCGAGGACGAGGAGAGUUGUGUACCAGACGGAGCAGCGAGUCCAAGCGGAGCCAGGAGGCCGCGGGAGGCGUAUGCAUCGAGGAGGAGAGUGAGCGAAAAGGAGCGCGCGCGCGAGAGAGACAGAGAACGAGAGUGAGAUAGAGGAGGAAGAAGGAAGGAAGAAGGAAGGAAGAAGGAAGGAUCGCCGAGGAAAACGGAACAGCGCAGCAGCGGCAACAGCAGCAGCGUUAGUGUUGAGUGCAAGCAGUAACCAUGUCCGACCGUGAAAGUCUCGACGAGCAGCCCCAGAAGUAUGGCAACUCCGGAGGCAUGGACGCCGCCGGCGCAGACUUCGACUCUGGCCAACAAGGCCAACAGGGAGAACAAGAACUGGCCACCAAGAUGCUGCAGAUCCAGAGCAAACGAUUCUACCUGGAUGUGAAACAAAACAAGCGCGGCAGGUUUAUCAAAGUCGCUGAGAUCGGAGCCGAUGGCAGAAGAAGCCAAAUCUUCCUGGCACUCAGUACCGCGUCAGAGUUCCGGGACUACCUCUCGACAUUUAGUGAUUACUACGCAUCUUUAGGACCGCCAAACCCGGAGAACGUACCUGACGACGGCAAGCUCAAGUCGGAAAUGAUGGUCAAAGACAAUAGGCGAUACUACCUGGACCUGAAGGAGAACUCACGCGGACGUUUCCUGCGGGUGAGUCACCCUGUGUCGCAAACGAUAACACGUGGCGGCCCAAGGACGCAGAUUGCAAUACCCGCCCAAGGAAUGAUCGAGUUCCGUGACGCUCUCACAGACCUGCUGGAGGAGUUCGGCACCGACGACGGUGGAUUCAAGGGAGAUCUACCCGAUGGCCGUUACAUGCGCGUUGACAAUAAGAAUUUCUACUUCGACAUCGGCCAGAACAACCGCGGCAUCUACAUGAGAAUCUCCGAGGUAAAAACCAACUUCAGGACGGCUAUAACAGUGCCAGAGAAAUCCUGGGCAAAGUUCCGUGACGUGUUCGCCGACUACUGCGAGAAGAUGAAGGAGGGUGGAAGCAGCGUUGCAGGCGGUACUUCAGGUGGCUCAUCGAGCGAUGGCCAGAAAUCGCAACAACAGCAAGCCCAAGGGGCGGCGCAGGUAUCGUCGCCGUCACAGCAGCAGCAGCCUAAUCCCAAUCCGAACCUAGACUCGCCUCUAAUCAAGUGAAAAAGGCUUUAACUUAACUCGGACUCUGGAUAACUUUUUCAACAAACAAAAAAGAAAAAACAAACAACACACACUCUAUAGAACUUCAGCUCGUUCAUCUGACAACAAAAAAUAAUAAUCAGCAACAUCAAACAACUAGAACAAAAAUCGUUAUGCGUAACUAAGCAAAAGAAAAACAAUAAUGCGCAUUAGAGAAUCUUACACACUGAAAAAAUGAAAAUAAUUGAUCUUCAAACCAAGCAAAUGAAAAAGGAAAAAAAACAAAAAAAUAAUGAAACUCCGCACCACGUCGUCGUCGUGGUCGCCGUGAUCAUUCUGCAAAGCAGAAGCGCUAAGUGUGUGCGACGAAACGAUAUCUAAUUUCCUGCUGCCCCUUGUGUAAAACCGGUCGUGCCCGGGCACCUUUGAAAGGACUCGCGCGACCCCGUGAUUUUCUCGUUCUUAGGACGGUCGAUUAUGAAACAAAUAAUUAAAAAAAAAGAUAAAGUAAAAUAAAAACACAGUCUUGAGAAGAUGCAAACGCGCGCGUGCGCACACACGUAUGUACUUCUCUAGACUUCCUUCCGUGUGUGAAUAGGCGCGCGUCGAACUACAUAUAUGUGUGUGUAUAUAUUAUUGAAACGACGACGAGGCUAGUUGGAAGAGAAAAUUCUUCGUUUUCUUUUGAAUCACUGAUCUUUCGAGGUUACGCGUGCUUGAGAACAAACAGAAAAAAUUAAAAAAUACAAAACAUCGUGCAUAAAAAUUCCAAGUCCUAGAUGGAUUUAAGAGUUGCCAUCGAGUAACUAACGUUGUGAGAGAUGCCCUACUGUUCAUUUCCUCAGUAUAUAUACAGAAAGAAGCAUGCGUGCUCAUAUUCAAUUAGUCCUCGUUUAGAUUCCACUCCUUCAAUGAAAAUUCUUUCUUCUAUAUAUAUUUCUUUCUCUCGUUACGUUUUUUUUUAGCCGAGCACUUUUUUAAUUGUCACUUCCAUUUUCGCGCCUUUUCUCACCGGUCUGCUGCUUGUUUUCGCUCUCGUCAGAUGCAUUUUCUUUGUUCGUCAUUUCUUUUCUUGUCCCAGUCCCCUUUUCGAGAGAGAUUUUGAGAGAUCCUCGUGAUGGGAAAUGGACCGUAGUGAAAGUUACGUUUAUCAAUUGAAUUUGAUCGUUUAGAUUUUAUGGAAUAAAUAGUUGUUAUUGAUAAUGACGAUCGCAUCGCCCUGGAACAGAGCCGAGCAUCGACCCUUUCAGCUUCGCUCUUUGCUCCUUUGAUCCUGAUAGAAUUUUCAACGAGAUUGAGAUAAGACGCAAACAAAAAUGCAACAUGUAAUCGUACAUGGUAUAAAUUGAACCAUUUAAAUAAUUGUUUUAUUGUAAGAAAGAUGAUGGUAAUUAAAUUAUAUUGUAAAAUGACGAGCCUUUAAGGCUUUUUACGAUUUAACGAAACAAGAAAUGCGUUCGGACGUGUCCUUGGUUUAGAUAUUGUAUAUUCCGUGAGAGACGGGUGGCUGCUGACGAAAAGGGUGGCUCUCGUCCCUUUCCUAAGCGACUGUUGAUCGGUCCUGUGUGACACACCGUAUAUUCGUUAGCAAAACUUGAUGAAUUACGUGAAGAAUAAAAAAAAAGAUAAUGAAACAAAUGAAAUAAUGACGUCUCUAUUAAUUAAUAAUAAUGAAAUAAUAUAUAAGAAAUAGGGAGAAAGAUGAAGAGAAGCUAGACCCAUUAAAAUCUAUAUGAUAUUUACAUUAUAUAACGUUAAUUAUGUUGCGCCCCGUUUAAUAAAAUGAUGAUGAUAAAAAAUGAUGAUAACACUGCAGGCAGAGAAAGUCACACGUGCACACGUGCAUACACUGUGUAUAUGCAGCGACGUUUUACAUAUAUAGUCUAUGUACACCGUGUGUAAGUACAUCGACACGAUUGAUGAAAUUAACGACUUGUAAGGACGAAGCACCCACUCUACUUGAUACACACAUGGACACACUACAGACAGACAUACACCUGCACACACACAUACGGAAGUUGCGUACCUAAUUUACGUUACGUUGCGAGGUCGGUUCACACUCGACUUCUUGCAUAUUAGGUAUGUAUUAUACGAAGGCAUAUUAGGUAUUUAUAUAGAAUCUAUGUAACUGUAUAAUUAUAACGAAAUGCCAAUGUCUGGCGGGACCCAGAAGAAUUGGCAUUCCAAAAUUUCAUCGACGUGUAGCGCUUACGUGUAAAACUCCUUUUUGUAUGGGUGAGCGAGCGACUUUGAGAAAGACAAACAAAUUAUUUUACUAUAGUUUUAUCCUCUUUUGCGAGACACGAUCGGUCGAGUAACAAAGCCAACAAAUGGGUAUUGUUUCGGAUUUUCUAUCUUUUCACGCUUGUAACGGAGCAGUUGAGCAUCGAGUAAGGCGCUUCUUCUGGGUCCCUCAUUUCGGAUGCAGGAAGAUAGAUGACAGGAAUCACUAAAGACGAAUGCUUUCGAAGAAUCAUAAAGUAAAUAAAUAGAGAGAGGUGGACGGAAAAGCGCAUGAUGAAGUACGACGAAUAAAUAAGAAAAAUAAAUGCAGAGUAACAUAAAUGCAGAAAAGUGUAUUAAGAGAGCUGGUUGUUAGAAAUAGUUUGGUGUUUCGUUUGCUGUUUUAACGACGGUUGAUCAUCGGCCGUUGCCGAUUUGACGUCUAGAAGUGAGAUAAACAAAAAAUCUAAUAAUAAUAACAAAAAAUGAUAACCGAGUGAACAAAGAAUGUGUUUCACGAUUUAGUCGACCUAUGCUUGUGAUUGACAAUGGGAUAAUCAUUGCUGUUAUAUUGCAGUCACUGCUAAAGAAAUGAUUACAAUUACGAGUCGGGCGAUAAUCUCGCGCAGUUGCGAUUGAAAUUUUCGCGACCUUUAUAAGAAGACAAUUAUAUCGCCAAAACAAAUGAUAAAAAUAUACGAAUGAUUUUUUCAAUAAAAACCACACGAUGAAAAAAAAAAGAAAAACCAAAACAAUGUUAUAAAAGUCUUUCCCUUUACAUCACUACACAGACACAUCGCUUCUCGCGAAAUUUCCAUCGUUCUUGUACGAGACUCGACUCGAUCCUGCGAUUAUUUAGGUUAUAUUGUCAUUAAUUAUUAAUAACAUUUUUAAUUAUUAUUGCGAUUUAUUACUAUUACUAUUACUAUUAUGAUUAUUGCUAUUUUAUUAGUCUCGUUAUUAUUAUCAAUAGAUUACCAGCUGUGACCUACUCGAUAUAGAGGAAGAAAUCGCCACGAGGCUUUGAAAGCCGACAUUUGACCCUAUAUAUAUAUAUAUAUCAUAUGGAUAUACAUAUAUAUAUCCAUCAUUCUUUCCGAUAUAUUCCUAAACUUGAUUGUUUAUCUCUUUUUCUGAAUGAUACGAGUAAAAUAUUUUUCACUUAUUAAUACAAAAUUUUACCGUUCUUUUUUUACAUGAGACUAUGAUAUAUAAACAUAGUAUAUUAUUAUAAAUGAGAAGAUAAAAGAAAAACUAAUGCUGGUCACAUUAAUUACUUUCAUCCCUCUUACUCAAAACGACAAAAGCAUGAAAUGGCUCAUCGUUCAAGCGCAAAGUUCAACUUUUUGCGCGAGAAUAUUUGAAGUCUUGUUGAAUGGAUGUGUGUCACGGUGUUGGGCGAUUCAGCAGGUUUUUGAAUAUACAAUCCUUAAGUGUAAUUCACUUUCGAAGAAUAUCGAUAUCAGCAUAAUAUUAUUGUUACACGAUUAUCGAGUCAUUUUUAUCGAUAUAAAAGAAAAGAAACUGAGCAUGAGAAAAGACAAAAUAUAUAAGUAACGAUUCAAACAAACAUACACACAAAAAUGUAACGUCGUAAUGGAAAUACAAAAAAAGUAUAUUAUAUAUAAAUAUAUAAUUCACGUCUUUCGAACUUCUUCGGAUAGACACUUCGCCAUAGCUCGUAAUAUUUUAAAUUAUCAAACAGAUGCGAGAAAGAUAAUUAAAUUUAAUCGCGUGGGCGAGAGAGCACUGAGAGGUGCUGUUUCUGCAAUUUUUUGCCAUCAAAUACGUAAAUGUAUAAGAGCGAACAAGCCUCGCAUUUGUAAUUCGAAAUAAUUCUUCCGCUCGUGAAAAAAAAGGGAAACUCUCACGUUAACUCCACAUCGAUUUGAAUUAUUAAAAUAUAUAGGCGAUACUAAAAAAUAUACAAAAGGCGUAAAUGUUGAGUGUUUUUUUAAAUUCGUUCGAAUGAUUUACGUGAGCAACAGUCCGCGGAGCAACGAGAAACUAGACCUGACAUGUGAUCUUUCGCCCAUCUCUAUAAAAAAAAACGUAGAUAGAAAUAAAACAAAACAGAAAGCAUGCAGAAUGCCAUUUAUAUAUGAGAUGAUAAGGAAAAUACACUUAAAAAAACAAAAAGUCGUAUAAAUAUAUAAAUAAAGUAAAUAUAUAUAUAUAUAUAUGCACACGCAUAUAUGUGUAUGCGUGCAAAAAAAGUAUGUGUGUGUGCGUGUGUGUGUGUGUGUGUGUGUGUCCUGUAUGUACGUGUGAAUAUUUAAUGAAACAUUCGUUGCGGGAAUUGUAAAGUCGCUGGAUUCGGAUCGAAUGGGUGCAUUGAACACGAACAAUGAUUAUAUUAAUUAUAUUGUCCAGUCGUUUAAAACAGAGGAAAAAAUUGGUUUAAUUAAGCAAUUGAUGCUCGCUCCAUUGAGUAGAUCACAAAAAUAAAAAAAUAAAUAAAUAACAAACAAAACAAACAAAAGGAAACACGAAAAGCAAAGUAGUAUGUCUCACGUUCGGAUUAACAAACACAAAAAAAGUUAUUUCCUUGAUGUUAAAUGUAACAAGUUUGACAUGGUAUCAGAGCAUUUGAUUUUAUAAACAUUUCUAUACUGUCUCCAUACUUUUACUCGCCGCUUGGUUCUCAUGUUCUCUCGGUAUUUCCUUUCCGCAGAUUCAGUUAGUUUUUUUUCCAUUUGUCUCUUGUAUCUUCGUGAUUUCGCCAUUCGUGACGCAUAGAAUUACAUUAUUUCCGCAGCCGUGUUACAGAUCUGUCAAAGUGAUUACUUGGUAAUUUUCGUGUUUCUUUGCAAGAGGAAGAGAGUAAAAAAAAGCCGUUCACAUUGCUGAGUAUAUCAAACCUUAUUGUUUCCAUUAAGGUUCCUUUAGUCAUAAAUGCAGUAGGAAAAGUGUAAAAUUUUUAAGGACUAUUUUAAUUUUAGAAUAAUUUAAAUAAAGAUUAAAUUUAUCAAUUUUUAAAACUU